AUGUUCAAAACGCAAACACGAAGUAAGAGAUAUGAACAACUGGUUGAAAAGACAUUGGCGCUAUUUGAUUCAUUAGAAGAAUGGGCCGAUUAUAUUGCAUUCCUAUCCAAGUUACAAAAGAACUUACAGUCGUAUAUUGACUCGGAUGCGGAUGGAGUGGUGGGUGAAGAUGACCAGCAAUUUUUUGUUCCCCAUACAAGACAGGUUUCUUACCGAUUGGCCCUAUGUCUUUCCCCUACAUUACCCAAUGGGGUCCAUCAGAAGGCACUUAACAUAUACGAAUUUAUAUUUGACAACUUGUCAUUGCAACAAAUCAAUUCCGAGGUCAGUCUAUGGUUGCCUGGUCUCCUUCCACUAAUCUCAUAUUCAUCAAUCCAGAUCAAACCUCAACAGAUAAAAAUCUUGAAGUCAGUGAUUCUAGAUAAAUUAACACGUGAGACUUUGGGUAAAUUGAUCAAACCGUUGGUGCUAUGGCUUCUAUCAGGAUUGGAGGAUACCAAUUCUGAAGUGUUUGAAGAUGUUCAUUCGUUAAUGGUGGCAUUCAAAUCCAAACUUCAAGAUGACUCCCAAUUUUGGCAUUGCACUUUUCUCUGUAUUAUAACCACUCCUGAACGAAGACUUGGAGCAUUACAUUGGUGCGAACGCAAUUUGCCUGAGUUUACAAAUACAAAAGAUGAACAAGGCAAUCCUCUUUUUUCUCAAGAGGCACAGCAUUGUAUGAAACCCGAGGCUGGCUUACUCAUUAGAACAUUUGCGACUGUUAUCGGGUCGUCAUCGCUUCUGUCAGAUAUUUUGGUAACUCGCGGAUUCUUUGAUUUAUUAUUGUCGCGCAUUCCGUUGGAUAGUGCCAUAUUUGAUAACAAAGUUGAUUCAAAGGACAAAGAUCUAUUGAUUAUGUCAUGUUGCAAAAUUACUUUGAAUAAAGAUGUCAGUUUGAACAGGAGAGUUUUGAACUAUUUUUUGGGACCCGAUAUCGACAGUGAUAGUGAAUCACGCAGAGAGUAUUUCAGAAAGAAUGCAAAGGUUUCAUUGAGUCAAGGUCUUGUACAAAUGGGAACAUCCGAGUCAAAAAAGGAGCAAAUUGAUGCGUUGAAAAUGUCAUUCUAUUUGAUUAUGGAUAAGUGGGAGAUAAAUUACGAAUUAACACCAGAGUUGUUUGCUCCUUUUCUUUAUCACUGCUUUGACAAGCGUCAUGACCAAGAUAUAGUGAGAACGGCCAUGCACUUUUUUGACGAAACUGAGUCAGGCUUUAUUUGGAAUGAAGUUUUCAAGCUGAUUGUACAAGGUGGAAGUUUAAAUCUCGACAUCACCGAAUUUAUUAUCAAACACUUUCAUUUAAAUGAGGAUGAAAAUGUUGGCAAAAUUGCUCCGUUAGUAUUGGCUUGCCUUUUGGAUAGUGUGGGGAUAAAUGCCCAGAAAUUGGAACUCGUUGAAAUUGUGUUUGGGUACAUUCAGUGGGGAGAAUUGAGCAACAUUGACUUUGACACUAGUUUUUCCAGCACCCAUGUACUCGAUUCAGUCACACAAUGGACCAAACAAGAUACAAGCUACGACUUGGACUCUCUUCCGUAUUCUCCAGAGGAAUUGACCUCAUACACUUUCACGCAAUUGGAAACGCUACAUCUCGAUGAUUCCUUGGAUUUGACCUUGAGUACUAGGAUUGGGAAACUUUUAAUCCGUUUAUUUGAUGCAAUUGAAAAUGAUGAUGCAAAGCAAGUAAUAGCGGAAAAAUUAAUUUCGAAAUGGUUGAAAGACUCAACCAAUCUUCUGGACACUGGAAUUAUAUCCGCUGCUUUGAUUAGAGUGGACAUGCUCAAUCAUUUAUCCAAAUUCAUCAGCGCGUUUCAAAAAGAAAAAUACUUGAAAUUUAUAUUAUCGGGCUUAUGGCAAGCAGUUGUAUCAUCUUAUCCUGCAAAUCAUCAAGUCGAGGCUGUGAAAAGCAUAUUCGAGUUGAAGUUUACUUUUUCCAUGAACAAGAUUGAAGGAGGUGUGCUGGAAUUAUUUUUGACGUUACCGUUUGGCAAGCAAAUUGUUGCCUUUGAAACAUUGUAUGUUCAUUCCUCGGGAACCGAUGAGGCAGAGAAUAUCUUGAGCCGUUUAUUCCAAGCAAUUUUGGAUGUAUCGACUGAUAAUGGAGGUCAAUGGAAAAAGGUCGUCCUGGAUUUGAUUAGUCGUCUAAUUGGCAACGGCAAGCCACAAAGAUUGCUCAAUUUAUGCUUCAGUCCAUUGACGCAAUAUGCUCUCUUGGAUCAUGGACGUUUCAAAUGUGAACCCAAUGCUGAUGGAAAUCAAUAUGCUUAUGAUUUAAAACAAGUUUUGUCUUUGUUGAAUUUCGAUCUGAAAAGUAUCAGAACUCACAUCAGCAACGCCCAAUUUGUUGUUCCAGAUGUGGCACGUGAUUACCAUGAACACAGUGUACACUACACAUACAAAAAGUAUUUGAUUCUUCUUGUAAAGGAAAAUAUAAGACUGAUUACUACAGAGGACAAGCUCAGGUAUCACGAAAAUGACUAUAGUAUUAUAGCCGAUUUGAGCUUGAAGAUCUAUAUGAAAAUAAUAACGGGAAACGAAAAGACAUUUGAAACCUUAUUUGAAGAUUUGCUUCUUGACACAUUGAAUCAUAUCAACGCGCUGCAAAGGCAUGCUGUAUCAGAAUCGACAAUUGGCAACUUUUUGCUGUGCAUUUUCCAUUUUCUUGAGCGAGCAUCAGGGGCAAAUGCGAAAUUGAACUUGCUACAUGUUCACGAACAAGAAAAAGGUCCCAUUUUGGUAAAUUUGAUCCAAGCAGGUUUGACGCAAUGCAAAUCGCCGAGUAUACUUGAAAAGUAUAUGGAUUUAGUGAUCAAAUUGGCGUAUCUUUUUGGUGACUCGAUCUUUAGCAUCCUACUCACAUUGACCGAAACAAUUGUUUUGAAAAUCAAUACGUUAUUCAAUCGUUUCCUCAACUGGGAUGAUUUCCCAUCGAAUGAAAAUUUUGAUAACUCCAUGAGUAUACUUUUUGAUGGAUUAGAAAACUUUUUAACGGUUUGUCAUGGUUAUUUGAUGCACUCAAAUGUCAAACUACAAAUUCAAUCGCAAACAAAUAAAGAUUCAAACAACAAUGGAUUUUUGAACAGUGUUAUGCUGGGUGUUUUCCAAAUUGAGUCACCCUCUACCAAAGAUAAUGAACAGAAUAAGCAUUACUCCACCCUUAUUGCCUUUCACGAUGCGACAAAGGUCAGUUUCAAAAUUUGGGAUUGGGCUGACUCGAAAACCGAUGUACCUGCUACCAUCACCACGUAUUCUAAUCGAUCAUUAACAUUUAUUUCUCAUAAGCUCAAGUUCAAAACUAAAACGUUUUUGGACAGAUUGAUCGAAUUGGAAAGACAGGAAAUCGUCAGUACGUUGAUCACUUCCCAUAAACAAUUAACGAGUGUGUUGAAAAUUCUCAAUAUUUUGGAUAAUGGCCGAUCGCAAGUGACUUUGCCUUAUAUAUUCAAUUAUUUGAAGAUGAAAUUCAAUCCUCAAUCAUUUUUGGACACUGAUAAGACCUAUGUUGAGUCAGAUGUGGAUACGAAGGAGCUAUCUAGAUUCCUAGUGGCGUUUUAUGACUUUAUGGAUUCAGAUACAGUUUUCGAUACUUGGCAUCAAACGUUGGAGUUUUUGGAUACAAUGACAUCGCAGAUAGUUCAUUUCGAAGCUAUUGUUCCAGCUGCGUUGCAAAUCUGUAACGUAUUGUCGAUUAAAGCAAGUAGCACAAGAAAUCGAGAAUUACCAAAGAAUAAGAAGUUGCUAUCUGAUGGUUUUACCAAACUUUUCAAUCAGUAUGUCAACCACUACACACUUAGAAAAACAAAAUCUGCUGAUGCUAAUGAUGUUGUUGUAUCUGAACAGCAUUUCACUGAUGCUUUGACCGGAGUGAUACCUCUAUUGGAUGAAAUAUAUCGAGAUUCCGAAAAGACAAAUCAAACUGUUGGGUUCAUAAUCAAUAGUGUCAUCUUAUUCUCAAAUAAGAAAAAGCAAUCUCACUUGAGUGACACUUUGCUUCACUUGUUAUUGCUCCUUGGUCAACAUUACCCUAUACGUAUCUGGAGAACAGCAGUGGCAGAUUUGUUCAAUGAUGGAAAUUUCUUCACCACCAAAGCAUGCUCAGCUGAUAAAUGGAUGGAAAUUGUUCGAAUUUGGAUCGAACACGAUAAGGACAGGUUCGAUGACAAGGUCGCCAAGAUUGCGUCUUCGUCGACUACUUCUCCUGCAGGAACAUUGUUCAACUGGAAUGAAGAAUCAGAAAUUGAAGCCAAAAUCAAUGUUCUCAAGCAAUUGACCUAUCUCAUUCUUAUACAACCCCAUGAUUACUUCGCCAACAAGACGAAUCAGUUGUUUGACAAACUAGACCAGUUGCUAAGUUUGAAUACUUGUCCCACGUCAGUUCGAAUUGAAAUCAGCACAUUGCUUCGAGCUCUUGUUUUGAAAAUUAGUGAUGUUCAUUUGACUCCUCACUGGGCGUUGAUUAUUCAUGAAUUGUUACAGAUUUUUGAUUUGAUUUCCAGUCCGCCCAAGUCACCAAAGGAAUUAAUAUCGAUGACUCCUCAAACUUUACAGUUGAUAUUAUUCGCUUCGAAAUUGCUUGAUGAGUUGUUGAUUAUCGAUCCUGACGGGUUCAAUUUAAACUCGUGGUUGUUCAUAAGUAUUGAUUUUGAAAACAAAGACACGCAAACUAAUCUGAUUAUAGAUUUGAUUUCCCGGAAUAAUGAUUUUACCUUUUUGAAGAAUGAUGCAAUUAAGCUCAAGCACGGAUAUUUGACAGAUGAGUAUCUCUAUCCAUUAUUAGAGGGAGUGAGACAUAUUUCCCUGAUUACGCAAUUGCGAUUGUUUUUCGAUUCCUUGAGCAUGAUUCAUUACGAACGAACUUAUAGCUUAAAGCCCGUCAACUACACCGCCUGCCAGAAAGACAUCAUACAGGAUUUGAUAACCAUGAACCAAAACUAA